UCCUCAGUCAGGCCAUGAAUAGCUGUGGUUCCCGCGAAGUAGUCCAUUCACUAAAUCUCAUCUUACUAAAGAAAGAUGUCUGGACGAGGAAAGGGAGGGAAAGGGCUCGGUAAAGGAGGCGCAAAGCGUCACCGCAAAGUUCUGCGUGAUAACAUCCAGGGGAUUACCAAGCCCGCCAUCCGCCGCCUGGCUCGCCGUGGCGGAGUGAAGCGUAUCUCCGGUCUGAUCUACGAGGAGACCCGCGGCGUGUUGAAGGUUUUCCUGGAGAACGUGAUCCGCGAUGCUGUCACCUACACCGAGCACGCCAAGAGGAAGACCGUCACCGCCAUGGACGUGGUGUAUGCUCUGAAGAGACAGGGCCGCACUCUACCGUCGGUUUUACAUUUAAGAAGCAGUCGCCACACAAUGGCAAGAACCAAGCAGACCGCCCGUAAAUCCACCGGAGGCAAAGCCCCCAGGAAGCAGCUGGCCACCAAGGCUGCGCGUAAGAGCGCCCCGGCCACCGGCGGCGUGAAGAAGCCUCACCGUUACAGGCCCGGUACCGUGGCUCUGAGAGAGAUCCGUCGCUACCAGAAAUCGACGGAGCUGCUGAUCCGCAAGCUGCCCUUCCAGCGCCUGGUGAGAGAAAUCGCUCAGGACUUCAAGACCGACCUGCGCUUCCAGAGCUCCGCUGUCAUGGCUCUGCAGGAGGCCAGCGAAGCCUACCUGGUCGGCCUCUUUGAGGACACCAAUCUAGCCGUGGAUGUAAAGAUGUCUGGACGAGGAAAGGGAGGGAAAGGGCUCGGUAAAGGAGGCGCAAAGCGUCACCGCAAAGUUCUCCGUGAUAACAUCCAGGGAAUUACCAAGCCCGCCAUCCGCCGCCUGGCUCGCCGUGGCGGAGUGAAGCGUAUCUCCGGUCUGAUCUACGAGGAGACUCGCGGCGUGUUGAAGGUUUUCCUAGAGAACGUGAUCCGCGAUGCUGUCACCUACACCGAGCACGCCAAGAGGAAGACCGUCACCGCCAUGGACGUGGUGUAUGCUCUGAAGAGACAGGGCCGCACUCUGUACGGCUUCGGCGGAUAAACUCACUUUCCAACAGCUCAACAACACAACGGCUCUUUUAAGAGCCACACACCGAGUCAAUGAGAGCUCACAUCCUCUGCUCAACACAUCAGCCGUUUUCAGAGAAUAUGUCCUAAAAUGUAAAGAUAUCGUAGUUAUGUUAUAUCAAAACAUCAAAUAGUAUAAUUAUUAAUCAGUCUCAUUUGGUCUUUAAUAUUAAAAUAUAUACGUGACAUUUAAAAACAGUUAAUAUUUAUACAGUUUUAUUAUACUGUUAUUUAUAUAUACAUAUAUACUAUAGUGACAUCAGGCAGCCAACAGAUGGAGCUGCUCUCCAGAUAUGUGAAUCAGAACAAGGUCCACUACCAGUUGAACUCUCCUCCAUGUCCUGUCAGAAGCUUUGUUUUCCAGUAGCUCAGCUUCUCCUGUUUUAUUGAUCAGUUGAACACCAAGUUAAGUUUCAGAGUAUAAUUUAAAAAAACUACAUUGUUAAAGUGUCGUUUCAGGACCAUGGACAGAGCUGUUUGUUUAGGUGCUGAGCCUCAACAGUUUGUUGCUCUGAAUGGAUGUUAAUGGAGACACUAUAUCAAUACACACUAAAAUAAAACACAGCAC